CACGCCCACGUCGACGCGCGAAGUUGGGUACCUUUUCCAAACAAACGGUGCUUUGCUCGGUUCAUUCAUUGAGCUGUAUAUUUCAUUAAUGUACAUGCUGCUUUUUUUUUUUUAAUCCAGUCUAUGGAUAAAGGCUAAACCCAUUGGCUGACACAAGUCAUCUUUGCUUGAAUAUACCUAGCAACACUCCUUGGAAAACCUUCUAUUGCCAUCUAAAGAAUAUCCAAGUGCAAAAAUUAGCAUAGCUAACGUACUAUUUUGAAAGCUUCCGUUGAGGAGUGUAAACGUUGAGUGUAACGUUAGCUAGAAAGUUGCUGGCUCGGUGGCUGACAGAAAGGCAAAAAAGCAAGUAAUGUUAGCUAGAUUAGCCAGCUAAGUUAGCAUCUUACUGUAGCUAAUGUUAAACCUGUUAACGUUAAGUUAGCUACUUAACACCAGAUAGCUAAUCAAGGUACGGUUUAGCUUGGCUAACGUUGAGCACUGCAGAUAUGAGUAAAUCGAAAGAUGCAUCUGGUGUAGCUGUCAUUCUUGACUACUUGAAUGAAAAAAAUCGACCAUACAGCGCUCAGGAUGUAUUUAGUAAUUUGCAGAAAGUGCACGGCCUGGGAAAAACGGCGGUGGUUAAGGCGGUCGAGCUGUUGGCGCAACAAGGAAAGAUUAAGGAGAAGAUCUAUGGCAAGCAGAAGAUAUAUUUUGCAGAUCAGUCACAGUUUACAGACGUGAGUGACACUGAACUGAAGGGUAUGGAUAGUCGGAUCUCGGAGCUGAACAACGAGGUUCAGAUGGUGUCGCAAAGCUGUCGACAGCUGGACUCCGAACUGAAAGAGCUCAACAGCUCCCUUACCACAAAGGAAAUGAUGGCCGAAAUCCAGGAGCUGACACAGGAGUGUGCCACGUACAGCGAGCGACUGGCAAAGAUCAAAUCAGCCACUAACCAUGUCACUCCUGAGGAGAAAGAGAAGAUUUGUAAGGAGCAGAGUUUAUAUGUUAAAGAGUGGAAGAAGAGAAAAAGAUUGGCAAGUGAUAUGAUGGGUGCCAUUUUGGAGGGAUACCCAAAGAGCAAGAAGCAAUUUUUGGAAGAAGUUGGCAUAGAAACAGAUGAGGAUUGUAAGGUGACAAUGCCAAAUGUUUGAGUUCCAGAAUGGCAACAUUCUGUGUAGAAAUGUGUUGCUGGAUUGACUUAAUUGUUGAAUAUUAUCAAACAUGCUAUUUACAGAAGAUUGUUCCAAAUUUGAUUUGCACUGUAAAAACAAAGUUUUCUAAAAGUAAGAAAGGACUUCAUAACUGAUGUCCAUGUUAAUUCGCCCUAAUUAUUGCAUUAUAAAUAUUAUUGGUACAUAGCUAUUAGUAUAUGCUGUAAGUAUAUACGUUUUGAGUGUAUAUAUGCUGUACAAUUCACAUCACUAAUGGAUAAAGUAUUUUCUUCUAAACUAUUAUACUAAUCUCA